GGUUGUGGGUUUUGUUAUGAACCGCUCUUGGAAAUCUGAUGUUUAUCCCUGUGCAAGGGGGGCUGGCGCCCUGCUAGCCCUGCAGCAUCAUCCUCCAGCAGCACAUCGGGGUUCUACUCCGGGAGGGGUUACACGUGCUCUGCUCCCCCUUUCCCACCCCCCCUGAGGAGGAAGAGGAGGAGGAAGAGGAGGGGGACCCGCCCCCACCGGCUGGGCGCUCCCCGGUCGCCCUGCAGGCACCUGGGGGGGGGGGUUGCGGCAGGUUUGGGGUGCGUGUGGGGGGCCGGAGAUGGGGUGCUCUGCUCACUGAGCUGGGGGGGGCAAAGCCGAGACCCCCCCAACCCAACCCGGCUUUUCCCCCCCCCCCCCCCAAUUCCUCUGUUGGCUGCUGCUCCCGUCUCGCACGUGGUUGGAUUUAGGGAUUUCUGCGGGUUUUUGGUGCUUGGUUUGGAUUUCUUCUAUUAUUUUUAACUAUUUUUGGCCACGGGGGUGUCUCGGGGCUCGCUCUCCCCCCGGCUUCUGGCUGCCCCCCCACUUUGCAAUGGCCUCUCCGGAGAAGAUGCACCCAGGGCCGGCCGCCCUGCUCUGCUGCCUCUGCUCGCUGCUGCUCCCCGCCCAUGCCAAGGGGCCACCCCCCAGCCCCGAGCCUGCUGAGUCCCCUGGUGCUGUCACACUGCCUGUGAGCUACCGCCUGUCCAACACCCGCUUGGCCUUCUUCCUCAAGGAGGUGGGAGCCAGCCCAGUGGGCAACAGCAGCGCCCUGCUGCAACGUGCCGAGCCCUUCGUCGUCUUCCAGACCAAGGAGCUGCCUGUCCUCAACGUCACCCUGGGGCCCUUCAGCACAGGGCUGGUGCUGCCCAAGGAGCAGUUGCAGCCCUCCAGCACCUUGGAGGUCCCCGACCGCCUCACCGUCAACUGGAAGGUGCGCGCCUUCAUCAUCCAGCCCCGGCUGGAGGCCAACCAGCCCGUGGUCCAAGUGCUCUUCUAUGUAGCCGGCCGGGAUUGGGAUGAUUUCGAUGUCACGGACCGGCUGCCCUGCGUGCGGCUCCACGCUUUCCGUGAUGCCCGGGAGAUCAAGAGCUCGUGUCGCCUGCGGGGCAGCCUGGCCAUGUGCCUGGUGCAGGCAGAGCUGCCCCACGCCUGGUUUGGACCCCCGGCCGUGCCGCUGGGCAGGCGGAAGAGCCCUGAGAGCCUGGAGGUGUCGGGCGAGAGCCAGCAAGCCGAGCUCUACUACACCCUGCAUGCCCCCGAUGGGGCCGGACAGUGCCUUGGGGAGAUGGUUCCCCGCCGUGGGGCUGGGGGAGCCAGGACUGAGGGUCCCACACAGCACCCACUGCUGCGCAUCGGCAGUGUCAGCCUCCUGCAGCCCAGCCUGGGGCAGCCCAUGCAGGAGCAUCGGCUGGAUGGCAACAUCUUCAUCCGCUUGCCCAACAAGCCCCUCAAGCCAGGUGAGGUGCUGAGCAUCCUCCUCUACCUGAUGUCCAACUCCACCGUGGAGCACUUCACCCUCAGGGUGAAGGCCAAGAAGGGUGUCAACCUGCUCAGCACCAAGUCAAGGAGUGGGCAGUGGCUGGUGAGCUCGGAGCUGCUGACGGGCGGCAAGCACUCCACUGCCACUGUCGAUGUCUCCAGGGUGGACGGUGCCGGGCCCAGGGAUGGGGACUCCUCUGAGAUCAUGCAGCUGGAUUUCGAGAUGGAGAACUUCACCAGCCAGUCGGUGACACGCCGCAUCAUGUGGCACAUUGACUACCGGGGCCGCAACCCCCCUCCUGACCUAGAGAAGGUGGUGACGGAGCUGACGGUCAUCCAGAGGGACAUCAGGGCCAUCGUGCCCCUGGCCAUGGACACGGAAAUCAUCAACACGGCCAUCCUGACAGGGCGGACGGUGGCCAUCCCCGUGAAGGUCAUCGCCAUUGAGCUGAGCGGUGUCAUCGUGGACGUUUCUGCUAUGGUUGAGUGCAAGUCCAACAACGAAGACAUCAUCAAGGUAUCCAGCAGUUGUGACUAUGUCUUUGUCAGCGGGAAGGAGUCGCAGGGCUCCAUGAACGCCCGGGUCACCUUCACCUAUGAGCACCUGUCUGCCCCACUGGAGAUGACAGUGUGGGUGCCCAAGCUGCCGCUGCACAUCGAGCUCUCAGACGCCCGCUUGAGCCAAGUGAAGGGCUGGAGGGUGCCCAUCCUGCCGGACAGGAGGUUGGUGCGGGACAGCGAACACGAAGAGGACGAAGAGGAGCGGAAGCAGAGCCGGGGCUGUGCCCUGCAGUACCAGCACACCACGCUGCAGGUCUUCACCCAGUUCCACACCACGGCGGCGGAGGGCACGGAGCAAGUGGUCACCAUGCUGGGCCCCGACUGGCUGGUGGAGGUCACAGACCUGGUCAGCGACUUCAUGCAUGUGGAUGACCCACGGGUGGCCCACAUGGUGGACAGCUUCACGCUGGCCGGGAGGGAGCCGGGCACCACGCUCUUCAAGGUUGUGUCCCCGCUCGUGGAAGCAGUGCUGGGUGAGACGCUGGUGACGGUGGCGGAGGAGAAGGUGAGCAUCACGGACCUGAAGGCCCAGGUGGUCUCCAGCCUCUCGCUGUCCCUCCACCCCAGCCCGGGCAAUAGCCACACCAUCAUUGCCCGGACAUCCGUGCAGCAGACCCUCAGCUUCUUCAAGCAGGAAGCGCUCCUGAGCCUGUGGAUUUCCUACAGCGAUGGCACCACGGCCCCCCUGUCCCUCUACGACCCCAAGGACUACAACCUGGUGGUGAGCAGCCUGGAUGAGAAGGUGGUCUCGGUGACCCAGGACCGGGCAUUCCCUUUGGUGGUGGCACAGAGCGAGGGUGCAGGGGAGCUGCUGCGGGUUGAGCUGGUCAUCUGUGAGAGCUGCCAGAAGACCAAGCGCAAGAGCGUCCUCUUCACAGCCUCGGCCAGCGUGCGGGUCCACUUUGGGUCCGAGGAGGACCCAACCUAUGACUAUGACCAUGUCCCCAGCAAGCCGGGGCUGGCAGAGACGGGGGCAAGCACCACCCUGCGGGCAGAGGUGGAGAAGAAAGCGGAGCCAAGCGAGGACAGUAGGAUGUCCAGUGCGUCUCAUCCCACUGAGGACUUCCCCACCAUCCCCACUGGCUUUGUCCAGGUGACCAGGGGGCUGACAGACCUGGAGAUAGGCAUGUACGCCCUCCUGGGUGUCUUCUGCCUGGCCAUCUUGGUCUUUCUCAUCAACUGCAUUGUCUUUGUGCUGAAAUACCGGCACAAACGUAUCCCUCCCGAAGGCCAGACCAACAUGGACCAUUCCCAUCACUGGGUCUUCCUGGGCAACGGGCAGCCCUUGCGGGCUCACAAUGACCUCUCCCCCCAGCCCGAAAGCCCUGGGAACCCCCUGGAGAACGUCCAGACCUGCUGCCAUGGGGACCACCACAGCAGUGGGAGCUCGCAGACCAGCGUGCAGAGCCAGGUCCAUGGCCGUGGGGAUGGUUCCUCGGGGGGCUCCACACGGGACCAGAGCGAGGACCCGCUCAACUCCCCCACCUCCAAAAGGAAGCGGGUGAAGUUCACCACCUUCGCCACACUGCCCUCCGACGAGCUGGCCUACAACUCCAUCCCCAUCGCUGAUGAGGAGGACUUGGAGUGGGUCUGCCAGGACAUGGGGCUGCAAGACCCCGAAGAGCUUCACAACUACAUCCGCAGAAUCAAAGAGAUCGCUUAACGCAGGGGCAGAGGGGAUGGGGUGGGAGGGAGGGGGCUGCCACGCUGUGCCACGCCAUGCCACGCCGUGCCAUGCCACGCCACACCAUGCCAGCCGUGUCCCCAGGGCUGGAGACCCACAUUCGGCUCUCUUUUGCGCGUUCCCUCUUCCGCACAUCUCACGUCCUCACCCUGUUGGAAGGCACCCCUUGGGGCCUUGUUCUUUUCAUGCCCUUUACCAUCUGGUUUUCCCAGAGGAGGCAUCAAGCACACGCGUGGCCCCCCCAGCCUGCUGGCUUGUGGGGGGGGGCAGAGAUGGAUGGGGUCAAAACCUCGGUGCGUAUCCAGUGGUGCACAGGGCAGGAUGAUGCUGCGGGUCCUGCUGUGCAGGGAGUGGAAGAGAGGAGAUGCCCAGUGGGGAGGUGGCUAGUGGGGGCUUCCAAAAGGCAGCCCCCUGCCUUUGCUGCACUUGGUUGCACAAUUCUGGAGGUGAGUGCUGGUUCAGGGAUCUGCCGUUGGGGUGUUGGGGGGCUCCCCCAGCCAAAGUCUGCUGCCCCAUGCUGUGGGUGAUGCAGGAUCGGGAACAGAGACCCAUGGUCACAGCUCUGGGGCACUGCAAUCCCCAUCACCUGCUGUGUCUCAGCACUAAAUGCCAGGGUCUUUCCCUGCUCCUUUCGGUGUGAGUUCUGUGGGAUGGUGACAGUAAUGUUUGCCACAUGAGGACCUCUUGGGGAGCACAGCAGCUGUCUCUGCCCCAUCUUGCUGCCUGGGCAGGGGCACUUUGGGUGGCCACCAAGCUUGCUGCCUAUGAGCUUGCCUGUCCUCGUGUCUCCCUGUGCUCCCAGCUAUGAGGCCACCCAACAGCCCUGCUGGGACCUUCAGGGCCAGCCCCUGGUUUCUGCCCCACUGGUGAUGGGAUGUAGCUCUGGGACCGGGAGGUGCUGUGGGGGCUUCCCUCUACUGCGGGGGGGGCCACAAAUGGACCUGGCCUGAGCCUCCUAGUGCACAGUUCCCUCAGUGCCAGACCAGCGUGGAUGCCUGGAGCCAGGCUCAGGCUCUGUGGUGCCUUCUGACUGCCAUAACCCAAUGCCUCCCUGGUCACCCCAUGCUGGUGGCAGCUCCCAGCCCCUCUGGCUCAUCGGAGAGGCCUCCCCGAGCCCAGGGCCACCCCAUGUCCGGUGCAGAGCACCCUCAGCCAGUCUAACCCUAUGGUUACCAGGGCUGGUGGGCUGGGGGUCCUGUGGUCACCGAUGGCGUGGGGAUGGGGACUCCCCCCUCAGCAUCACCCCGUGGAGGGGAAACAGAGGCUGGCAGGGGAUUAUUUCUGGAUUGGAAGUUACCCACCACUGUGUCUCUUUCUUUCUUUAUUUUAUUUUCUCUUUUUCUUUUUCUUAAAUAAAAGACCAGAAAAGAAAAAAACAAUGAAACAAAAAGCCAAAACCAAAAGGUACUGCAGCACUGUGAUGGGCUGUAUCUCUGCUGGGGUGCUGGGGGGGAUGUGCUACCACUGGUUUGGGGGUCAGCGCUAGUGGCACAGGGUCUGCUUGGGGACACACACACACACUGCCAGGGUCCUGGAGGUAGGGCUCGGCUUUGACCCCCACCUAAGCUCUGAGCACUUUGGGGUCAAAGCUGUGGAUAUGGGGCUUCCCCUCUCCAAAAUCCUCCUGUCUUGGGCAGCCUGAUCACAGCUCGGUGGUCAGGGACAGGCGAUGCUGCAGCCCCAUCCUCGCUGGCCCCCAUGCCUCAGUUUCCCUGUUAGGCAAGCAGCAGUCCAUGGUUGUGUGUGGUGUUUCAAAAGCCUCUUUAAAGAGUUUAUCAGAGGCCUUAAAACUUCCCUGAUAGCUCUGUGCUGGAUUUAUGUAUACAUAUAUAUAUAUAGGGGGACCGAGAUGUGCUCAAAGGCCAGCAGGAUGAUGCAGUUAGUUAGGUUUUACUGUGCCCCAUUAUCUAAAGGACCCAGGUCUGGCUGAACAAGCCACUGAGCUGAUAUCAGCUCCGAGCAGUGAAAUCAAUACAGCUGACUUCCCUGCUUGGAAGUGUCAAAGCUCCCUGUUAUAUUAACAUAUAUGAAUAGCUGUUAAAAAAGUAAUAAUAAAUGAAAAAGGAGAGGGGAAAGGUAAGAAAAGUGUAUAAUAAAAUCUUAUUCUUCUAAUAAGACACAGCAGCACCUGGCUCCUGCUCUGUGAGCACGUCCCAGGGGAGGUGGAAGGUGGUGGGUCAGGGAUGAGGUAGCUUGGCCAGAAUCAGCAUGGGGUGUCCUUGUGGCUGAGCUGAUGCCAGGUUUUUCCUCCUCCCCCCUUCUUCUGGCUGCUUUCCACCAGCCCCCCUUGAGCGGUGCUCAAUGGCUGUAGCCAGGCCCAAGAUCUGACACCAAGCAUCAGCACUGGUUUUCCAGCCCAUCACUUCCCAUUUCAGCUGACGGAUCUGUCUCGGGUCUCCAAGAGCCCUUGGGAAGGCAGCACCCAUGGGCAAGGGGAACCCAAGCUGUUGGCAGGGGUUGAUGAUGCUCUCAUGCCCAUGUCCUACCAGCAGCUUUUGCCACCCAGGCACCUCCAUCCAGCAUCACUGCUUUUGGGGAU